AUGACGGAAGAUGAGGUCAUGUGCAGCGCGCAGUCCCCCCUGGGGAGUGCUCAAGAUGCACAGCUUUCCCAGAAGUUGAGCGGCAGAGAGCAGAACUCGACGAGCCGCGAUCGAGCCAGCGCACGACGUCAACAGUGUCAAGAAGACCAGGUGGCGCCUUCCUCCCCGGCCCUGCGCCCCGCGUGUGAGUCUCUCAAAAAGGAUUGUUUUGCGACUGACCAAGGGCAGUCGCGCGGCGGCGAGGCAGCUAGGCCGUCCCGUGCCAGCGGCUGCACGUACGACGAAACUGAGAAAGGUUCCGGACUCCGAGACAAGGCGAACAACACAGUGCAGGGGGAGGAGGCGGAGUCACGCAGCAGGACGCACACGGCGGUCCAGCAAGAGGCUCUGAUGUCCCAUGAGACUCUAAGCGAUGCGACGCGAGUUGCUUCUGGGGCGCCCAGUGUUGUGCACCACGCCCACGACAUCCGAAGGGAAAUGGGGCCGGGUGGCAAGGCGACAGGGCUGGGGGGGGUGCCUGCGGAGACCCUGAGGGUAAACGGAGUACAGGCAGCGCCAGGGACAGCCAAGUCGGGCACGGUGCUGAAGACGCGGCUCACAGGGGCAGCCGCGGACUUAGAGUUCGAGCGCGCGCGGAGCCCUGCACGCGCCACCCCAGUAGAGAGCCAACCGGGCGCCUGCGGCGAGGCACCUGCCGCUUCUUCGCACUCGGGGUCUCCGGAAGGAGCAGCUGCAGCCCAUCUCGCGAGGAAGCAUGAGAGGCCUGCGAGCGCAAGGGUGGUAGCCGGAGGGACUCGAGAAGAGAGGUCGCGACGUGAGGCUGAUCCAGCUGGUGCGUCGCCUACUAGGGGCGAGGCCUGCGCUGCCGCAUGCCGCGAACAAACGCUCGUGGAGACUCAAACGACGGUGCAAGACAGUGGACAGACGGGCGCAAGGUGGGCGUUAAAAAACGAUGCCUCCAUGACGGAGACGCCUAAUGUCGAGCACAUGGCGGACAUGGGUCCUGCAAGAGUUAAACUGCCGAUGGCGAAGGGGGAGGAGAGUGGGCGGCAAGUCUUCCACGCGCCGAGUGCUGGAGACUGCGUCCCGGCGAAAGGAGGCACGCAGCGGACGCCCCAAGCAAGACCCCGGCUGGUUUUACGGCGAACGGGAGACGGCGACAGCGCAGAUGGGGAUGCGGACAAUCUGGGAAGCGCGUCGCCUCUCUCAGCCUCGUCUCCCGGUUCUCGGCUUGUUCGCACGCCUCCGAUCGCCGAGGAUGUUUUUGUCACGGUCACCGCCUCGUUGGAAAGUCCUGUUGCUCCGGUCCCUGGCGUCAAGACCGAGCACACUGACUCCCGGCCUAUCAUUGAGAGUGGAAAGUUGUUCUACCACGAGUGCACUUUGGACGGGGCGACCGGCGUCUGUUCUACCUUUCGCGACGUUGGCCUCCUCGGCUCAGAUUCGAUGGGUCCGUGCGGGUCAGAGCUGGGUUUUUCGAGUUCGAGAAAGCAUGUACUUUCGGAGGGCACCAGAUCCUUGUUUGGGAAAUGUUCGCCUUCACACGCGGCACUGACAGGAGUCGGCUCGGCGCCACACAGCGAAAGCAGUAACCCCACAUAUGAUCGUCGUGAGCCAUGCUGGGGCGCCUCAAGCCAGUGCCGGUGCUCCCCCGUGGUCGGCGGUUGUUCGUGCAGGUCUGGGAAUGCCCUCUGCAGUGGUAGCGUGCCUAGAAGAGACACUUCUGUUGCUCAACCAGACAUCAACCACUCAGGCGCGGCCUUCGCGCCGGGAAGCGGGAAGCUUUUGAACGGCGACGACGCUACACCGGAGGAGGGCGACCGCGCAGCGGAAGCGAAGAAAGGGUGCAGCGCGCCACGGAGUGCAGUGACGGCCACGAUGGAGCUCUGCAGCCCUGGCUCGUGUGGGGGGAGCUGUUCGCACGCGGAUCUGUCAGGCUCACGAGGUGACGAAUCCUACCUGUUUCCUACCGACAGCAUGGGUCGCGUGGCAGCGAGCAGCUGCGCAGGGAGCGUGCGGGAGAGCGGCAGACCGUCUGUUUGCCCGUCGAUGGCGUGUGCGUUGUCUGUCGGACCUCCUCAGCCUGCGCGAGCGGACGCAGUGCCUGACGAUGAAGUGCCACAUCCGAGUAAGACCAAUGACUCGCCAGCGACCCCCGCUGUGGAAAUGCUACUUGGAGUGAAGAGCCAUUGCUUUUCGGAGCCAAACGCUUCUUGGAAUCGUCAGUUUUUUCUCGGGCCCCGGGAGACAGCUGCAGCCGCUAUUGCCCUCGCAAACGCGUGCGAGGAGACGUUUAUAUGUCUCGGUUGGAUCUCGGAGAACGAGAGAAAAGACGGUCGGGCGUGCGCAGACGUCGGCAGCGUGCGGAAGAAGACCAAGUCGAAACAUACGAGUCUCCUGGAGGCCUUCCGAGGCACAAAAAUCCUUGGGCGGGAUUUCAGCACGCGGGGCGCGAGCUCACCUCACUGUAAUGAGGUGGGCGACGAUCCAGCGGGCCUCAAGGCUGCGGACCGCGUUGGAGUCCAGGACCCAUCUGUUAUAUUUGACACGGCUAGCUCAGCUUUGACGAUGCGCUGGGUGCCGCUUGAUCAGGCAAUAUUCGCUCAAGCAAAGCCUCACGAGCUCCAGAGUCGUCGAGGAAGCUCAUCGGUGGAGCCGCAGCCGGCGGACGGCAGACAGGGCGAUGACCAAGUGGACUCAUUACGUUUGCCGGUGGCGGAGCUGGCAGAGCGGUCGUCUGCACUGUUGCGCGAGAACUCGUGCCAAGAGCUUCAGAAGGCGCUUCGACGGGUGCGAUCUUCUGCAUAUCCCUGCGAAGAAAGCUCCGGUGACGAGGUUGCAGGCCAGGGCUUUCUGGCUGGCGCCUCGAAUGUGGUGGAUGUGAUUCUAGGUGGAGCAAACUCAAGGAGCGGCAGUGCUGGACGUUGUUUUGAGCAUUUGGGCCAGACACCUCGUGCAUGUAAAGCGGAGGACCAGGUGAUGGAGCAUGCAUGCGCAGUGGAGACACGGCUUCCCGGUUCGCGUGCCGGAGGAGCGCAGGCGGAGCGGCCAGCACCAGAAGCUGCCUCGAAAAACGUUCCAGUCGGAGGCCUCGCCUGCCAGGAUAUGCCACGUGGGCGUGAUGAGGUCGCAAGACCGAAGAAGUGUGUCAACGUAUCAGCCAGCGCAUUGCCUCAUGCAGGUCCGUGUGCGAGCGCAGCGAACACGACUCGUACGCAGGCUGAGGCCGCUUGUGCUUCGUGGAAUGUUCGUCUGUCUUGUGAGGACACGACGAUCCACGCAGCGUCUUCUCCGUCACCCCUUGCUUCACAUAGAGGCUCGUGCAGGGGUCAGGAGGCCGUGGAAAAGAGUUCUGGAAUGGCCAAGGUGUCAUCCGUGACGGUGAAAACGCGAGAGGCGUGCAGUCAGCUGGUCCAACGCGGCGAGGUGCCGAAAGCAGGGAAGCCCCCGGGGACACUGGCGACCAGUGCGCGUUCCGAAGGAGCCUCAAGCAGCAACGCUGCUUCUCGGUUGAACUCGAGAAACUCAAAUCUCCAUCGCAAGCCGGCAAAGGACAACUCCAGACACGGAGACAAGCACUCAGGUGACGACUCAGGAAGGCGGCCUGUCCCGUGUUACGGCGCGAACGCCCGAGGGUCUCACCACUGUGGACAUGGCUCCGCUGCAACGGAUGCUACUCAAAGGCAGCUCGAUGCGUUGCACGCGGCCGCCGCAGCGGUUCUGCGGAGUCGCAUUGAAGGCCGCAAAUGGGGGCAGACGAAUGCGCGUGCGCAGCGGCACGCCUCGCGGUCGCUUGUGUCUGAAACGUCGACGAACGCAGCACGCGCAGGAACUGCUGGGAGGGAGGCGAAGGACGGUGCUGAAACUGCACCGCAUGCGUCGCAGCUCGAUGUUGAGAAAUGUUCCCGCCGCGUGCGCGCUGAAGGGAACAAGGAAAAGGCCGUCGUGGCGACUCGAACGCCUCCCGUCGGUAGCAAAGGCGACCGCUUGGCCGCUGCAGUGGACGGCACUGAGGUGAGGUGCGCUGGAGCAGAGGCCAAAGAAGACACAGGUAUUCUCCUGGGGUCAGAAUGCUACGGAUCUCGGCGGCUUACUAAGCUCGGAACCGCAUGGAGUCAGCACGUCCCGCCCAAACAUUUCAUGGAGAGGCUUAACAUGCUCACCAAGGCCACGGGAACAGAACGCACUCUUCAGCGGCGUGUCAGCCGCACAGCCGGCUCGUCGCAGGAUCUGACUAUGAAGGUCCGGUUUAAAGGCGUGAGUGGAACUCGCCAGGAGAACCACCCCAUGGGCGGGAAAGUCCAGCAAGCAUCGUUGCAGGCGUUCUUUUCCGCUCCUGUGCCGCGCGGAGGCGAGUUGGGGGUAACCGGCUGUGUGCACUCGUCCAAUGCGCUGAAGCCCCUAAGCAGCAAGCAUCUAGCGCGGAAAGGAAGCAAGCGGCUAGUGUCGAGGGUGGCUCUUGGUUCGAGUUCCGCAUCCGCAGACGCGCAGGAUUGGGCGGAGCGUCCGAACGGGCGAGGUCAAACUGAGUGGCAAGAGGAACAGACGCGCAAGCGGCGCAAGCUUCAGUCUCUUCUAGGGAUUCCCUGUGGACUCGAGGACAUUGCACAGGCGCUGCAGUGGGAAGGCGAACUGUGCGGCCUGCUGGGGCCAGAGUCCCCAUCGGCUUCGCUCGAGCCAGCGGACGGGGUCCUGCAUGCGCGUCCCGCGCGGAAUUCGAGCCGCAGACAAGGCGUUCUUGAGGGCGCAGAACGGGACGCUGCCAGGGAGAGGAUUAUGGCGCUUCUCGGGAGCAACGCCAGCAAAUCUCACGGCAGACCAGGCAGUCUGGCCGGGCCCAGAGAGAUAAGUCGGGUGCCCUCACUUGUUUCGAGCAGCGUAGACCCUCCGAGCUACGCAGAGAGUGUCUGCUCGCCAGCGACGGAUGCGCAGUUACGGAAGGGCCCGCAGACGGCUGUGUCUGCAGGCGAGGCCAGCGCGCCUUGUUUUAGAGGCUGUAAGACGAAGGGGCAAGACGAAGCGAUGGCGGCGGCGACCGACAGCUCCGAUUGUAGCGGUGCAAGUCCCUGUGGGGGGGGACGUGCAAUUUUUGCUGCUCUCCUUGAUACGAAGCAGGCAGAGGAGCAGGUGCCGAGCGUGAAGACAGACAGCAAAGCAGAGGAGAGCGCAGGGCAUGAGCGGUCGACGUGCGCUGCCGGAUUCUUACGAAGGUUGUCGCCAGUGCAGCACGGGGCGACCCAUGACGUUGCUCCAUCAUCAGCCUCCACGCACGCCGCAGGAUUCGCGGGCGCAGGGGAUGAGGACGAGACGAAAGCAGAGGAGGAGCAGUCUCCAGACGAGGGGAGGGCCAGUGGCGCAGCCGGAGAGGGCGCCGGUCUGCCUUGCCUUACCUCCGCAUCCUGGUCUUCUCUUCGUCGCUUCUCAAGCAGGUCAACCGUCUGUACGACGGGCUCCUUUUCUCGCGCCUCGUCGACCACGACGAGCACGUACGACUUGUCCCCCGUCGCGAGUCAGAUCUUCUCAGCCUGGCCAGCGAGCAUCGCGCCGACAGACAAAAGAGGGGACUGCAGCGACACCCAAGCCUUCUCGGCACUCGCUGGCCUGCCCUCUCAGGGUGCGGCUGCGGCUGCGGAUCCCAGCGCCGCUGUGGAACGUCCGCUGUCCGACCGAAGCGUGCCGGCUGGCAAGGCGUCGGCCGACACGCGCCGGUCGCUGUCUCUAGACUUGUCGGGGCACCGCACAAAGUGUAUGGAGCUGAUGCAGGAUACCCUUUCUGCCGCAGACCUGGGAGAUGAUGGGGGGGAUCAGUCAGGUGAGAAGACGUGCAGCAGCGAAGACUCCAGAACGACCGCCGCAUGCGUGGAACUGAUGAUCGAGAUGUUUCAAGCGGUAGGCGAAGAAGGCGCUGUGGCCGCAGCAGCGUCCCUUCUGGAGAAGACAGAGAAGGACGACAUGGUGCCGCAGUGGGAAGAGGGGGAUGACAGGGAGGAUCAGUCCACAUCGAGUUGGGGGAAAGCAGUGUCCCGGGACUGUCGGACACCCUCCCACCAGGACGUAUCGGUGGGGUGA